UAUGCAAAGACAGGCUUGAUGCAUUCAAAAGAUACCUACAUCAACUUGAAAGCUAUCGGACUGCCGGUUCAUUUCCAUAGGGUCAUAUGACACACUCGCCACUGAAUUGCACUCUAUUCACCCUGACUCGACUUGUAUUUGGAUUGAGGGAAGUCUGCAACCUUCUGGAUUCACUUAUUUAUUAUUUGCUCAGACCACCUCAAAAUGUGCGGUUUCUUCAGCAUCAAGUGUUGCUUCAUUUUCUUCAACACGCUCUUCUUGCUGUCUGGGGUUGCCCUCAUCACUAUAGGAGUGCUGCAGUACUCGACGUAUUCAGAUAUCGGCACCUUUGCCGGGAGCAACUUGUCUAAAAUCGCUAUAGUCCUCAUUGCAGUGGGGGUCAUCAUAGCCUUCGUGUCCCUCUUGGGCCACAUUGGUGCAUUCUUUAAUAGUUCAUCUAUGGUUGCUUGUUUCAUCUGCAUCCUGAUAGUGAUCAUCCUCUUGGAGGUCCUCACAGGAGCCGCUUUUUAUAUAUUUCGCAGUAGGGCCGCCCUUCUGCAGAUGGCUAAUGGUGUCAACGCCAAAGCACAGGAAGUGAUUAACGACUACAGCCCUGAGAGGAGACAUGCAAUCGACAAAAUUCAGGAAAAGUUCAAGUGUUGUGGUGCGGACAGCUAUGCCGACUGGUCCCAGAGCACGGGCUGGGGAAAGCACGACGCCGUGCCAGAUUCCUGCUGCGUGGUGAAGAGUGAGGGCUGUGGACAGGACAAGGAGAAGGCACAUAAAAAGGGCUGCCUCUGGGCAAUCGGUGUCUUCCUGUUGAAAAAUCUGGUGUGGGUCGGCGCUGUCUGCAUUGCUCUUGGAGUCACGGAGGUUUUUGGAGUAUUAGUCGGGGUGUGCUUGUGUCUGGACAUUAAGCGAAAGAACUACGAACACAUCAGCUAAUGCAUCAUCACUGCUCUAUUAUGUCUGGAUGCUCGACUGUGUCUAGAUUCUGCAUUUAGAAAAAAAUCUUAUCUACAUACUUGCUAUAAUUGCAGCUGGUAUCUAACAAAUUGAAAUUGAUCUGCUAUAAUGGUGAAAAAAUCUAUUAUAAACUGACAUUCAUGCUUACAAUGCACAUAAUUAAUAAACAUGUGAUUGCUU